AUGAAAAAGGAGGAAACACAUGUUGCUAAGGAGUCAGAGGAAGAAAAGACUCGAGAAAAGGUGGGAAGCAUAUUGUUACACGCCCCACUGGUGGCACAAGAGCCUGAAGUACCACACCCUCAGAAGCUUCAAAAGGAGACCAAGGAUGAGCAAUUCACUCAAUUCUUGGAAAUCUGUAAAAAAUUACACAUUAAUAUUCCUUUUUCUGAGGUGUUGGAGAAGAUGCCUCCCUACAUGGCAGUCAUGAAAGGCUUUCUUUCUGAGAAGAAGGCCUUGAAUGGAGAUGAAACUGUAGUCUUGACUAAGGAAUACAGUGCACUGAUUCAGAGGAAGCUACCCAAGAAGAUGCCUGAUCUUGGAAGCUUUUUUAUCCCUUAUACUAGUGGGACUAUUACUUUUGAGAAAGCACUGUGUGACCUUGGCUCAAGUAUAAAUCUGAUGCCUCUGUCUGCAUAUGGGCUAGUUGAGAAUGUACCUGUCAAGGCUGGAGAGCUAUUCCUCCCCGCAGAUUUUGUGAUGCUUGAUAUGGAAGAGGAUACAGAUGACUCUAUCAUCCUAGGAAGACCAUUCCUAGCUACUGGGAGAGCCUUGAUAAAUGUUGAGAGAGGUGAAAUGGUGCUGAGGUUACAUGAGGACUACAUGAUUUUCAACGUUUUUAAACUUUCACCACUCUCUGACAAAGAAGCUACUUGCAUACAGAAUUCAGUGCUUAAGCCUUCUCACUUGGUGAAAAGACAUACAGUCUUCCCUGACAUCAAACCUAAGUUUGGUGUUGGGCAUUCACCACCCACCAAGGAGGAAAGAGGUUCUAAGAAAAAGGUACCUAAGGGCUGGAGGAACAAGAAGAUUUUCACUGAAGAUUUCUCACCUGGGAUGAAAGUGGUGUUUGCUAGAAGUCUAGUCCUACCUCAUACUAUGAACAGGAUCCUGUCCUUUGAGCAUACUGAGCUGAUUCAUGACAACACAGGAAAGAAGUUCACAAUGAGGGGUGAGGAUUUAAGCCUCUAUGACUAUCUUCCUCCUUAG